AUGGGAGCUCUCUCCGGGGCCACCCUUUCCGGGACAGCAGGUUGGCGGUUGCUGGGGAAGAGCCCCUGCUUUGACCGUCCGGGGGAUGUGGUGAUCGGGGGCAGCUUCUCCAUCUUGUACUUGGAUCAAUUCACCCAGUUGGAUUUCACUUCUCCGCCAGCUGAGUCGGCAUCUUCCAGACUUUCCAGGUGGAACUACCUGGUGGCCCAGAGUUUUGUAUUUGCCAUUGAGGAGAUCAACAGGGAUGCCCGCCUGCUGCCCAACCUCAUGCUGGGCUUCUCCAUCUGGAACUCUGGGGACUCUGUGCACGGAGCCCUCCAUGAGAUGAUGGGCUUUCUCACGGGGCAAGAGGAGCCGAUUCCGAACUACACGUGUCAGCUCAGCAUUCCCCGGGUUGCGCUGGUUGGAGACACUCGGUCAGUCUUGUCUGUUGCUAUGGCCAGGCUUCUGGGGCUCUACAAAUUUCCCCAGGUCAGUUACACAUCCACUCUGGCCAGCCUCAGUGACAAGACUGAGUUCUCAUCUUUCCUUCGGACCCUGGCCAGUGACAUUAUGUUCUCCCACGCAGUUGCCCAGCUGGUGGUUCACUUCCGCUGGUCCUGGGUGAACAUUCUGGCACAGGACGAUGACUUUGGGCAGCAGGGCAGCUCUCUGGUGACCCAGGAGCUCAUCCAGGCUGGCAUCUGCAUCGAGUUCCACCUCUACAUUCCCUUCAGACAGUCCUUGGAGAAGAUCAAUGCCAUUGUCCAGAAGAUGGAGAGCUGCACUGCCACCGUUAUUCUGGUUUUCCUGAGCAACUCGAAUUUCCAGCUCGUCCUGCAGGGUUUGCUGGACCGUGGUGUCUUUGGCAAGGUCUGGGCCAGUCAAAGCACUUUGCACACAGCACUCGCUCUGACCAUGCCAGGCAUCUCCCAGGUCCUCCAGAGCACAUUCAGUCUUCUGCAGCGCAGCAUCCAGGUCCCCGGCUUUCCCGAGUUCCUUGCUCACCUGCACCCCACCUGGACCCCAGAAGACCCAUUUAUAGAAAGGUUCUGGGAGAUCACCUUUGGAUGCACAUGGCCACACAGCAACCUGGAAUCAGCAGGGAACAGCACAGUGUCAGGGAAGGUUCAGUUUUGCUCAGGGAAUGAGAGUCUGAGAGGCCAGGUGUAUCCCUUCCAGGAAGUGAGUAAAGUGGACAUAGCAUACACAGCGGUCUACAGCAUCGCGCAUGCCCUGCAGGACCUGGUGGCCUGUGAGAAUGGGGAUGGGCUGUGUGCAGACACUCGGCACUUGCAGCCCUGGCAGCUGCUUCUUUCCCUCAGGGAUGUGAAUUUCAAGACCCUUGAUGGGAGAGAGAUUAUGUUUGAUGCCAAUGGAGAUUUAGUUACAGAAUUUGACAUACUUUAUGGGCAGAAGACCACCGAAGGCCUAUUCCACUUUGUCCACAUAGGAAUAAUUCACCCUGGAGCCUCUUCCAAGGAUAGAAUGACAGUACACUUGAUGAAGGAGGAUCUCCAGGUCCCCAGCUCUGUCUGCAGCAGGAGUUGUGCUCCAGGAUUCAGCCAGAUCCCCCGACAAGGAUUCCCCCACUGUUGUUUUGAGUGCAGUUUCUGCCCGGAAGGACAGUUUGCAGACCAAAUAGACAUGAAGAGAUGUCUUCUGUGCCCUGAGGAGCAGUACUCAAGCCCCACCAGAGACCACUGCCUGCCUAGGAUGGAGACCUUCUUGGCCUUUGACGAGCCCCUGGGACUCACCCUAGCCUCCAUGGCACUCAUACUGGCUGUCCUGGUGCUGCUGGUGUUUGGGGUGUUCCUGAAGCACCGGGACACACCUGUGGUCAGGGCCAACAACAGAGCUCUCAGCUACAUCCUUCUUGCCUCACUGACCCUGUGUGCCCUCUGUCCUUUGCUCUUCCUCGGUCGUCCCACUGCUGCCACCUGCCUUCUCCGCCAAACUAUCUUUGCUGUCGUGUUCACUGUGGCUGUCUCCUCCAUCCUGGCCAAGACCCUCACAGUGGUCCUGGCCUUCAGGGUCACCAGGCCAGGAGACAGGGUCCGGGUGUGCCUGCGACCUGGUGCCUCCACCUUGGUGGUUCUUGUUGCCUCCUUCAUACAGAUUGUUCUCUGUGGGGUCUGGCUGGGCAUCUCCCCCCCAUUCCCAGACAGGGACAUGUCCUCCAAGCCCCACCACGUUGUCAUCUACUGCCAGGAGGGCUCUGGUGUUGCUUUCUACUGCAUGCUGGGCUACCUGAGCAUUCUGGCUGUGGGCACUUUCUCUGUGGCCUUCCUGGCCAGGGGUCUGCCUGAUGCCUUCAAUGAGACCAAGUUCCUCACCUUCAGCAUGCUGCUAUUCUGCAGUGUCUGGAUGGCUUUUCUGCCCCUGUACCACAGUGCACGGGGCAAGUCCACCGUGGCUGUAGAGAUCUUCUCUAUCUUGGCCUCCACUGCAGGGCUGCUGGGUGGCAUCUUUGUCCCCAAGUGUUAUAUCAUCCUGCUGAAGCCUGAGCAGAACACCCUGGUCAGGUUAAGGAGAGGACACCAGGCUCAUCUGGAAAGCAGAGCAAGGAAUGUCAGAGAGGACGUCUCCCCAGACCUCAGCCACAAGCCUCAUGAACCAGGUCUUGCUGAAGACAUCGGGGCCAUAUGA